GCCUGGCUUCCGGUGCAUGGCGGAGAGUUGUGCAAGAUGGCAUCAACAACAACAACGAGAAUGGGUACCGCUGGAGGUACCGGCCCCGGCGGCGGUCCCGGUGGACCCGGCGCCGGCCCCGGCGGGGCUCUUACAUCAAGUCUUUCUGGCACCGGGGCAACUUCAAGCCUCACAGGCACGCUUAAUAAAAAGAAGAAACCGUUUCUUGGCAUGCCUGCACCCCUAGGAUAUGUGCCUGGUCUUGGUAGAGGUGCAACUGGUUUCACCACUCGUUCUGAUAUUGGUCCUGCCCGUGAUGCGAAUGACCCGGUGGAUGACCGACAUGCACCUCCAGGGAAGAGAACUGUUGGUGACCAGAUGAAGAAGAAUCAGGCCGAUGAUGACGAUGAAGACCUUAAUGACACCAAUUACGAUGAGUUUAAUGGCUAUGCAGGUAGUUUGUUUUCCAGUGGUCCUUAUGAAAAAGACGAUGAAGAAGCUGAUGCAAUUUAUGCUGCACUUGAUAAACGAAUGGACGAGAGGAGAAAAGACAGAAGAGAGCAAAGAGAAAAGGAAGAGAUAGAGAAAUACCGUAUGGAGCGACCAAAGAUUCAGCAGCAAUUUUCUGACUUGAAAAGAAAACUUGCAGAGGUAACAGAAGAAGAAUGGCUCAGCAUUCCUGAAGUUGGAGAUGCCAGAAACAAGCGUCAGAGGAACCCUCGCUAUGAAAAACUAACACCUGUACCAGACAGCUUUUUCGCUAAACAUUUACAAUCUGGAGAAAACCACACUUCAGUUGAUCCCAGACAGUCGCAAUUUGGUGGACUUAACUCUCCUUUCCCUGGUGGACUGAAUACACCUUACCCUGGAGGCAUGACUCCAGGACUAAUGACACCAGGUACUGGUGAGCUGGAUAUGAGAAAAAUUGGUCAGGCAAGAAAUACGUUAAUGGACAUGCGACUUAGCCAGGUUUCUGAUUCUGUCAGUGGACAGACAGUUGUUGACCCCAAGGGGUACUUGACUGAUCUCAAUUCAAUGAUCCCUACUCAUGGUGGUGAUAUUAACGAUAUCAAAAAGGCUAGACUACUGUUAAAAUCAGUGCGAGAAACAAACCCUCAUCACCCACCUGCUUGGAUUGCUUCUGCACGUCUGGAAGAGGUCACUGGCAAACUGCAGGUUGCAAGAAACUUAAUAAUGAAAGGCACAGAGAUGUGUCCUAAGAGUGAAGACGUUUGGUUGGAAGCUGCUAGGCUACAGCCUGGUGACACAGCUAAGGUUGUGGUGGCGCAAGCUGUCCGGCAUUUGCCUCAGUCUGUUCGAAUCUACAUUCGCGCAGCUGAGCUAGAGACUGAUAUACGUGCCAAGAAACGUGUUUUAAGAAAAGCACUUGAAAAUAUUUCUAAAUCAGUACGUCUCUGGAAAGCAGCUGUUGAAUUGGAGGAGCCAGAAGAUGCUAGGAUUAUGCUGAGCAGAGCUGUUGAGUGUUGUCCAACAAGUGUGGAGCUCUGGCUUGCACUCGCCAGACUUGAGACCUAUGAAAAUGCGAGAAGAGUACUAAACAAGGCACGAGAAAACAUUCCCACUGACAGACAUAUCUGGAUUACUGCAGCUAAGCUAGAGGAGGCCAAUGGCAACACCCAGAUGGUAGAAAAGAUUAUUGACAGAGCCAUCACUUCUCUUCGAGCUAAUGGAGUAGAAAUCAACAGAGAGCAAUGGAUUCAGGAUGCAGAGGAAUGUGAUAAAGCUGGUAGUGUGGCAACCUGUCAGGCUAUAAUUAGAGCAGUCAUUGGCAUCGGAAUUGAAGAGGAAGACUGCAAGCAUACUUGGAUGGAAGAUGCUGAAAGUUGCAUUGCUCAUGGUGCUGUGGAAUGUGCAAGAGCUAUAUAUGCUCAUUCUCUUCAAGUCUUCCCUAGCAAGAAAAGUGUAUGGCUUAGAGCAGCAUAUUUUGAAAAGAAUCAUGGAACCAGGGAGUCUUUAGAAGCGUUGCUACAAAGAGCAGUUGCACAUUGUCCAAAAGCUGAGGUUCUGUGGCUUAUGGGAGCAAAAUCAAAGUGGCUUGCUGGAGAUGUACCUGCAGCUAGAAGUAUUCUUGCUCUUGCAUUUCAGGCCAAUCCAAACAGUGAGGAAAUUUGGUUGGCUGCUGUGAAGCUCGAGUCUGAGAACAACGAAUAUGAAAGGGCUCGAAGACUUCUGGCUAAAGCUAGAAGUAGUGCACCAACUGCAAGGGUGUUUAUGAAGUCUGUAAAAUUGGAAUGGGUUCUGGGUAAUAUUGAAGCUGCCCUGGACCUUUGUGCUGAAGCUUUGAGACAUUAUGAAGAUUUUCCCAAACUAUGGAUGAUGCGAGGACAAAUUGAAGAGCAAAUUGAAAACACUGACAGAGCUCGAGAAGCAUAUAACCAAGGGUUGAAGAAAUGCCCUCAGUCCACACCUCUGUGGCUGUUACUGUCUCAACUGGAGGAGAAAGCGGGCCAGUUAACUAGAGCCAGAGCUAUUUUGGAAAAAUCACGUCUGAAAAACCAAGAAUCUCCCGAGCUAUGGCUUGAGUCAGUAAGGUUGGAAUACAGAGCUGGCCUCAAAAACAUUUCAAAUACCCUAAUGGCUAGGGCACUUCAAAAAUGCCCCAACUCAGGAAUUCUUUGGUCUGAAGCUAUUUUCCUUGAAGCUAGGCCUCAAAGAAAAACUAAGAGCGUGGAUGCCUUGAAGAAAUGUGAACAUGAUCCACAUGUUUUGUUGGCUGUAGCAAAGUUAUUCUGGAGUGAACGCAAAAUAACGAAAGCCAGGGAAUGGUUCCUUAGGACAGUUAAAAUUGAUCCUGAUCUGGGAGAUGCCUGGGCAUUCUUCUAUAAAUUUGAAUUGCAACAUGGAACAGAGGAACAACAAGAAGAAGUAAAGAAGCGCUGUGAAAAUGCUGAGCCCCGGCAUGGAGAAUUAUGGUGUGCAGAGUCCAAGCAUGUGCUAAACUGGCAGAAGAAGAUUGGUGAACUUUUACUUAUUGUUGCUUCAAAACUAAGAAAUACCUUCUAAAAUAUAGUGUUUUUUUACUUCAUUUGUUUAGUUUCCUUAUUUACACAAUGCUUCUACAAUAAUAUUGUAUAUAAUAUUAUUUUAUUUUUCCUUCACAUAAGCAAAACAAGCUUUUGUCCUCAUACAGUUUUUUUGUUUGUUGCUGUUUGAACCAUAUCAGAAAUUAUUGUUAAUGAUGUGGCAUAGUAUGUUGUUGAUAUUCCUUCUGGAGUAUUUCCAAUUCUAUUUCAAAUCACUGAUAACCUGAUUCAUAGAAAUGUCCAGCAGAUUACAAAAAGCCAAACCACUUAAAUUACCAUAAAAUAAAUGAUCCUUGUUGUAUGUGUGUGAAGCAGUGAAUAAUUCUAUGGCAGUGGUUCAGUGCACUUUGUUGAAAAAAGCAAAACCUUGUAUGUUUUGAUCUUCUCAUAUGCCGAGGCUUUGCUGUGUAAAUUAUAAUUUUUAUAUGCAGUAAUGGUUUUGCUUAAAUCUGUAUGAAACAAAUUGUUAUUAUUUUGUAUUAGAAUUGUGACCUUUGUUUUUAAACAAUUUCAGUGCUACUCAGAUUGUUUUUCCUCAUUGUCAUCUCAGUAAAGUUUUUCUUAAUCCUUACUUUUCAUUAUUGUUGAUGUUCAUUAAAUUCAUCACUCAGUACUAGAGUAAUAAUGUAAAUACCAACUUACACGUGUUUUCCUGGCAAAAUAAAUCAUUUGAAUUAUU